AUGAAAGUGAUUACUGAUCAAUUGGCCACUAUCAAAGCACCAAUUCCAGAGGAUGAGCAUAUAGUCGCAUUACUAUUAAGUCUACCACGUUCAUAUAACACCUUGGUAACUGCACUAACUGCCAAAGGAGAUGAACUAAACCUGAGUCAACGGCAUCAAGCAUUGUUAAAUGAGGAAGAGAAAUGCAAGCAAAGUAAGAGUAAAGUCGGUGGUGGUGGUGGAGCUGAGGAUUGCGAAUCUGCAUUGCAACAUAACAAGUUAGAUCGAAAGCCUAUUAAGUGUUAUGGUUGUGGAGAAGGUCAUGUUAUUCAAAAUUGUCCUCAGAAAAAGAAAAACCCCAGUAUCAACGAAAUGAAAAUCAAGGAAAAUUUGAAAAAUCAUCAAAGCACAAUGCAGCUCCUGCUCAUGGGGACACUGAUAAGAAUGAUGAUUCUGACGCUGUUUUUGCUGUUGGACUAAGUGUUAUGAAAGGAGAUGACUACUGGAUUAUCGACUCAGGCGCAUCUCAACACAUGACUUCAAGUUGUGAUCUAUUGAUGAACUAUCAAGAGUUUUUGGAUCCAGAACCAGUUGUUCUUGGAGAUGGUCGAUCUGUGCAUGCUUUGGGGACUGGUAAAAUAUCCAUUACUAUGCUGCUUGGUCCUAAAGAGAAAGAUGAACGAAAAUCAACUAUGACUUAA